AUGUCUCAGCGAGUGAGCCUUCAAGAGCUUCACGUCCCCACCGCGACUGGCAACGGUACUGGGGGCAUUGAUCUCGUUCUCGUCCACGGUGUCGACAGAGAUCCUGUACGAACCUGGGAGAACAGGGGAGGGGACGCCAAUUCCAAACCAGUACUAUGGCCCAGGGACCUGCUCCCGUCGCUUUGGCCGAACAUGAGGGUCUUGUCCUUUGGAUACAACGGAGACAUGUACCGCAACAACUCAGCCGCCCGAAUCAGGGACAACGCCCUAUCCCUGCUCACGUUCCUGUCGGUCAAGAGGCGUCGAGCGGGGCCAGAACGGCCCAUCGUUUUCGUCGCCCAUUGCCUAGGUAGACUCAUUGUCAAGCAGAUCUUCUUUGGCACGCCGCACGCCGGCACGGGCAAGAACAAAGACAUGUGGGACCACAUAUCUCUCGCCUUCUCCGGCCUAGAUAAGUCCUCGGGCAAGCGCUCUCCCCUCGCCGAGGCUCUAAAGCGCGACUCGGAAUGCCUCGCCGAUAUCAACGCCAAGUUCCGCCAGCUCGCCCCCAACUACCACCUCGUCAGUCUGUACGAGAUGCUGCCUUGGCCCGGCACCCAUAGUCUCAUUGUCGAUUUGGCAGUCGCCCGGAUGGAUGUCGCUGACGAGCAGAUUUUGCCAGUGGAGGCCGACCACGUCACGAUGUGCCAUUUCGAAAGUGCCGAAGAUGGCAACUUCGAGUUCGUACAUGAUUGGAUUGAGCAAGCAACGGGCAUUAAGUCCACCGCCACCAUCGCUAAAGCUACGCCUAGUCCCAAGAAUAACGAUACUAGUGAGGAUAUUAGUGAGAAUACCAAUGACAACGUAGUUGUCAAGGCCAGCAGAGACACCCGUGGACUGAAGGCAACGCAGGGGACGCUUGGCUCGCGACAAGGAGAUACGCUCUUAGGAGAAGUGACCGUGACCGAGACUACUACGACCAAGCAACGUCAACUUCACAUCAAGGUUGCAAGUCCUGUCGAAGGUCGGGUUACCGCUGCGAAGGGACCCGAGCGCCCGGCGUUGAUGGGGGAAGAGGAAGCCUUGCCGUCUUCGCUACAGGAUAACGUUAGGCAAGGGAGUACUAGGACACUCUUGACCCGGUGGUAUGCGCACCAUUAA